GAUUAGCAAAUUCUUUUCGCCACAGUUGUCUGCCCGUCCUUGUCAAGGUUUCUCAUCUAACGUUUCACAUGUAAAAAUUUAUUUCAAUUGUUGAAUUCGACGUUAACAUAUACGCACGGUAUAACAGCGUAGCCAUAAUGGUGUAUUACUUGGUGAAUUUUUUAUUACAAUUUAUCGGAACAAUAAUCGCGCUAAUCGUUUGCGGGUACAUUUAUAUGAAAUAUGUAACAUUCGACUAUUGGAGUUCGAGAAAUGUGGAUUUUGUGAAACCAAUCGUCCCGUUUGGAAGCCUGUGGCCAGUGCUUUCGCGAAAUAUUUCGCUUGGUGAAUAUCUUCGCGACAAGUAUUUGGAGUUCCGAAAACUGCCCGUCUUCGGCAUAUACACUUUUCACAGGCCCACACUGGUGGCCGUCGACCCGGAAAUCGUGCGUUUCAUCCUCACGAAGGAGUUCUCCCAUUUUCAAAAUCGCGGACUUUACUGCAACGUCGAUGCCGACCACUUGGCCGGUAAUCUUUUUUUGUUACCGAGUAAGAAAUGGAGAUUUUUAAGGCACAAGUUUUCCCCAACAUUUACAUCGAGCAAAAUGAAGCAAAUGUUUUUCGUGGUAAAAGAAAUAUCCGAAAUACUAUCAACAUUCGUUGCGGACAAGGCGAAGAAUUCGGAACUCGUGGAAGUAAAAGAACUCAUGGCAAGUUUUUCGAAUGACGUAAUCGCAUCGACGGCUUUCGGUAUUCAGUGCGACAGCCUGAACAACCCAGACGCAGACUUUCGCGCCCGAGGUCGCAGAAUCUUCGUACCCAGGCCGAUACAAAACGCCCUGUGUAUCCUGGUUCCAUCGUUGGCAAACCUUUUGAAAAUCCCUCUGGUUGACGAGGACAUUAAAAAUUUUUUUACCGACGCAUUCAAGGAUACCGUUAAAUACAGAACGGAGAACAAAAUAGUGAGGAAAGAUUUUUUGAAUUUGAUAAUGCAACUGAUGAACACGGGGCAUCUGGAAGAGGACGAUGAUUCCAAGAAAUCCAAAUCUUCGGUCUCAGCGGACACAGGCGAGGAAGACAGGAAGAUCACGAUACUGGAAGGGGUUGCCCAGGCAUUCGUAUUUUGGCUGGCUGGUUUCGAAACUUCGUCAACGACCGCGGCGUUCUGCCUCUACGAAUUGUCACUGAAUCAAAAUAUUCAAGAAAAAGUUGCCACCGAAAUAAACGAGGUGUUGAAUAAAUUUGGAGAUUUAACGUACGACAGUAUAAGGGAAAUGCCCUAUCUCCACAAGGUUGUAAGCGAAACGCUGAGAAAAUAUCCGUCCCUUCCAACGUUGAACAGAGAAUGUACGAAGGACAUCGUACUUCCGGUAAACGGUCUCCGAGUAACGAAAGGAACCUCGGUCAUUAUUCCGGUGUUCGGACUGCAUCGGGAUCCGGACACUUGGCCAGAUCCAGAUAAAUUUGACCCAGAACGAUUCAGCGAAGAAUCGAUCGCCGCGAGACACCAAUAUUCUUAUCUGGCUUUCGGCGAGGGGCCAAGAAAUUGUAUCGGGAAGCGGUUCGGAUUGGUACAGACGAAGAUCGGCCUCAUCGGCUUACUGUCCAAGUACCGUUUCACUCCGGGACCAGAUUUGAAAAUACCGAUGGGAAUAAAUAAGGGAAAUUUCGUCCUCGGCCCAGAUGACGACAUAACACUCAGGGUCGAACCGCGAUGAUUUGUUCCACGAGAUUCGAAAUACGUGGAUAUUUUCGAAUGGGGAUACAUCAGGGGCUGGGGGGUGUUUGCUUUCAAUGCGAAAUUAUUGUCGGACAUUUGUCCGGUUACGAAUAAACUCGAUACGAACAAAUUCGGCUAUGGAAA